UACUUUAGCUAUUAGAUCAAGUUGGCAAUAGUUGAUUGUGAGUCAUAACAAAUUGUUUUUCCAGAAAAUAAAAUUCCUGCUUAUAUAAAGAACCGAGCUAAGAAAUCCCUGCAAGUGAGCAAGACUCUUUCAAAGAGUUAAUUUCCUGAAAAAUUACAAGGAAUCUGCAGCUGCCAUGGCCGGGGAGAAUAAGCGAAGCCCUAGUAAGAGUAAAGACAUCAUUUUAAAGGCCAUAGAAGACUUGGUCAGUGUGAACACACUCUUCAUAGCAGCUGUGUUCAUUGGAUUAGCUUUUGCAGACCCCCAACAACGUAGCCUGGAAAUAAACAGACCUGAAUGCAACGCAGACAUGAAGAUAAUUAAACGACUCGUCGUAUACGAAGUUGUGUCAUUUUCUUGCUUCCUUCUUUCAACUAUGGCAGCCAAAUCAAUCAAGGUUUAUCUGCAUAUUUUUUACCCUGACGAUCCCGACAGCGACAAAAAUUCGCUUGAUAAACCUCGUUUAGAUGGCAAGAACGUUCGCCUGUUUGAUUUAAAAAGGGGUUUAAUUUUCACAAUAUCAAUCGUGGCAUCGCUUGUUGGGGUCUUGUUUUUUGCACUUUCAAUCUUUUGUGUUAUUGAGAUAAAGUUGGGGAAGCUAUCCUGCGGGAUCCAUGAGACUCGAGUUGCUAGUCUAACCCUGUUAAUUCUCGUCCUUAUUUCACUCUUAAUUUAUUUACCAUCUAUGUUUAUCGCUCUAGUUCGCUGUAUGAUUGAGCCGUAAAUUAAUGUUACAAGGAGAUAUGUAUGCCACCAUUAAUAUUAAUCAUACAAUUAUAUGC